AUGACCACAUGCCCGGGAACACCAGCCUUCAUGUCUCCCGAGGCACUAAACCAACCACCAGUGUACACAGAGAAACUAGACAACUUCUCAUUUGGUGUGCUUCUAGUUCAGACUACAACCCGACAGUUUCUAAAGCCAACAGAUCCAUUUGAGAAUAUUCAAGUUCCCAAUCCACGAAAUCCAGGUGGCAUAGUUGAAGCUAAAUUGCCGAUUCCAGAACUAGAAAGACGCCAAGCUCAUAUGAGCCUGAUUGAGCCCACCCACCCUCUACUGCCGAUUGCUCGUCACUGCCUCAAAGACAGAGAUGUUGAACGACUAUCUUCCCAACAGCUUUGUCAAACACUGAAUGCUCUCAAGAGGACACCACGGUACCAGGAAAGCUCCCAACAAGACCUGCACCAGAUACUCAGAGAGAAAGAUGAACAACUACAAAACAUUAUCACAGAAAAAGAUGAGCAAAUUGCAGAAAAAGUCACACAGCUACAAACAAAUGAACAGAUUAUAGCAGAAAAUCAAGAGACGAUUACACAAAACAAUGAACAGUUAAAAACAAAGGACACUGAAAUCCAAACUCUUCAACAUGAGGUUGAAGCCAGGAAGAGACAGCUGAGGAGACUCAACCAAGAGUUGCAAUCAAGUGAGGAGAACACUGCUGCCCUCCAACAAGCCAUCGAUCAACGAGACAGAGAAGUCACUCAACUGAGACAAACGUUGGCAAGUAAGAAUGAGGAAUCUCACGAUCUAUCGACUUUCCAUAUGGAAGUAAAACUGUUUAUAUGUUUAGCAACAAUCAGUGGCAUAAGUUACCACAACGCCCUAACAAGUGCUUCACUAUCGUCAGUGUCGAUGAGAUACUCACAACUGUGGGGGGGCACACGUCUCUAUAGUAACAAACUCUACAGCUACAUGAACAACAAAUGGGUCGAACGUUUCCCUCCCAUGCCAACCAAACGGUCGACACCUGGAGCUGUGUACGCUAACAACACACUUGUAGUGGCUGGGGGAGUUUGUGAUUAUAACAAUGUUAAUACAGUCGAAGUAUUAAACACUGCUAACAGGCAAUGGUCUAUUGUUAGCUCACUACCUAUGCCAACCGAUGACCCAUCAACAACGAUCUGUGGAGACUAUGUGUACAUGCACCCACGAGCUGAGGAUGCUCAAAAGAAGUAUUCAGUGCACAAAUGCUCAUUAAGACAACUAACUCAGUCCCAGCCAAGCUCAGCUAUAUGGGAGGAGAUUGCCCCUUUGCCAGUUCGCUAUUCCUCUCUUGUUACCAUCAAUGGCCACCUGCUGGCAGUGGGUGGGCUGGACUCCAAUAGAGAUAACACUAAGGACAUAUAUCAGUACAACGAGACAUCAUGGAUUGUUAUUAGUCAAAUGUCAACACUUCGAUAUGCAUGCUCCACUGCUGCCCUCCCUGGGAACAAAUUGAUGGUAGUGGGUGGAGUUGGUGCACUAACAAAAUGUGAAAUAGUUACUUUUAAAUAG